AUGGAAAAACUGAAAAAUUGUUUUCGCUCCACAAAAAUUCCCGACAAUGUCAACGAUGGCCUUGAAACCUUGGAAGAAUAUCGCGCCCGUUGGCGUUCGGUGCGUGUCAUCUAUUUCACCAUGUUCCUGAUGUCACUGGCCUUUAGCAUUGUUCUAACGGGUAUAUGGCCCUAUUUAAAUAAGCUAGAUCCAGCCGCCGGUAAAGAAUUCAUGGGUUUCAUUGUCGCCGCCAAUCCACUGGGUCAAAUGAUAUUCAGCCCCCUGUUCGGUUGGUGGAGCAAUAAAAUCCGCUCCAUACGCUUACCAAUGAUAUGCUCUCUGGUCCUCUUCACGGUGGCCAGUGCCAUAUAUUCUUCGCUGGAACUUAGGCCCGAUAAUGUAAAAUAUUGGAUGCUGGCAUCACGAUUCUUAAUCGGUGUGAGUUCUUCAAAUACGGCCGUGUGUCGUUCGUAUUUGUCGGAUGCGACCCGCCUCAGUGAACGUACCAAUGCGGUGUCGAUGAUUUCUUUGGCUCAGGUUUUGGGUUUUAUUAUUGGUCCUGGCCUACAGGCUUUGGUGACACCGUUGGGUUCGGACGGCCUGCAGUUGUUCGGCGGCGGCGCAAUCUUCAAUAUGUAUACCGCAUGCGGAUGGAUAAAUGUUGUGAUGAGUGUGGGGAAUUUAAUCAUGUUUAUGCCGGUCAUAUUUGAGGAACGUCGAGUUGCUGCCCGUGAAAUCAUGAUCAUGCAGGGUAAAACAUCGGAAAAGGAAACCUGGAAAUCGAUAAAACCCAAUUAUAUAUCGGCCUGGACCCUGAUAGUGGCUUUUUUUGUAUUGGUUUUCAAUUUUGUGCUAUUGGAGACCCUGGGCACCUCCCUUACCAUGGAUCAAUUUGCCUGGUCCAAUGAACAGGCCCUACACUAUAUGGGCAUAUUGAUGUCGGUGGGCGCCAUUGUGGCCCUCAUCACCUUCCUCGCCAUCAAUCCGCUGUGUAAAAUAUUUCCCGAAAAUCAGGUGCUUAUAUGGGGUGGUUUCUCCCUAAUGGUAUUGGGCCGGGUCCUCUAUAUCCCUUGGGGUGAUGGACCGCCCAAAAUCGCUGAAGUUUAUAAUGCCACAAUGGAUCUGCAGCCAGAUGAUGAGCUCUUCUUGGGUUGUCCCCGCAAACAGCAGUGGUGUGAGACUACACCGGCGCUCACGCUGUCGCAAUUUAUUAUUGGUUAUGCCUUUACCUCAAUUGGUUAUCCAAUUGGGGUGACCCUGAUUCAGACGAUAUUCUCCAAGGUGUUGGGUCCUCGUCCCCAGGGUGUGUGGAUGGGUUUGAUGACGGGUUCGGGCUGCUUGUCCCGGGUGUUGGGUCCCGUAUUUGUUGGCUCCAUUUAUACACGUUGGGGCACGUUCUGGACCUUUGGUUUAACCUCCAUCAUGAUGUUGGUGUCAAUGAUUUGGUUAUUGCUGUCCCGCAAUUGUUUAAUACCGCCCAUCAUCGUAGAUGCCAGGGAUCCGCUGGAAUUGAAGGAUCUGAAAAAAUCGCAUGAUGUCGAACAAAAUGGUGGUGAGCAGGUCCACAAUGUUGCUGAUGGUGGUGGGGGUCAUGAUGGUGCUGCUGCUCCGGUUUCCUUACCAUACAUUGAUGAUGUUGAGUUGGCGGAUUCAGAAGUCCCUGGAGAAAUUUCUCAGUUAAUAAAUGAGAAGAAUACAAAACCAACAACAAUUAGAAAAAAAGUUUUUUAA